AGAUGAACCAAUCAGAAGUAAGAGGAGAAGGACGAGCCAAUCAGUAACGAUAACGAGUAAGACGAGCCAAUCAGUAACGAUAACGAGUAAGAGGAGCCAAUAAAAAACAUAAAUGAGAAUGACUGACCAAUCGGAAGUGAGAGUGGGUACGACGAGCCAAUCAGAAACGAAAGAGAAAGAGAGAAUGAGUAACAGAGAAAGACAACAAAAGUAGAAAAGAACAACAAAAUGUCUGUAUCAGCAGUCGAUAAGAGUUUAGCACGCAACACGUUUAACGUAUACGUCUAUAAGUCUUCUCUCUCUUUCUGUAAACGCGCAAGUAAAACAGACAGGUGCCGAGGUGGUCCCGACUAUUAAGCAUUGUACGAGUGUAGUGUGCUAGUCAGUGUCAAGAAAAAAUGGCGGAUGUCGACUUGAACAUCGACAGCCUCAUACAAAGAUUAUUAGAAGGUACGUGAUAACGAAAGAGCAUUCGCGAGAGAUCAGAGUGUAAGAUUAUUAACGAUAACUUUGCUUUCAAUUUCACCAAGAAGCGUGUCUUUAUCCGUAUGAAAUAAUCGCGUUAAGUCCAACAGAAAAAUAUCAUAUCGCGUAUUAUUCCGCAGCAGAAGCAGUACCAGUGUAUACAAUUUUUUUUCGAGCGAGCGCGACGAAUCGAACGGUACGCGUCGUCCCACUUUUCUGAUUUUUCAUUUUACUUUCGUACGAUUAAUCCAACAAGAUCGAGAUUGAUUAUUCUAACAGUUUAGUGUUUGUUCGUUCGCUUCUACGUAGAUAUCUAUUUCUAGUCCAGCGUCUUUUACGUACAUAUACGGGAAAUUUUCGGUAAAGAAAAGAAGAAGAAAGAAAAAUGUGUAGAUAGAACAAAAAUGCGAUGAAUAUUGAUCUCUUUUUUCUUCAAGUACAUCGAACAUAUUUUAAGAAAAUUGUACUAUUCGAGAUUUGCCUAUCUUAACGGUUUAACGGCGUAUUUUAUUUAUUUUUAAUAACUAGGAAAAACGAUUUUUUCUGUUUCUCUUUCUCUCGCUCUCUCUCUCUCUCCUUUCCUCUCUCUCUCUCUCUCUCUCUCUCUCUCUCUCUCUUUUUCUCUCUCUCUCUCUCUCUCUCUCUCUCUCUCUCUCUCUCUCUCUCUCUCUCUCUCUCUCUUUCUCCCUUGACACAUUCGUGUACAACGUGCGUCGUCGGCCCUUUCGAUGCUCCUCAAAGUGUACAACACGCAGAAAGACCAGGUUCAGAAGAAAGCCAAGCUAAAAGAUAUUUUCUCGUCGGAUUUUGUCGUAAGAGGAUGCAGACCGGGGAAGACAGUGACGAUGUCGGAGGGAGAAGUACGUGGACUUUGCCUGAAGUCCCGUGAGAUUUUCCUUCAACAACCGAUACUACUGGAAUUGGAAGCACCUCUUAAAAUUUGCGGUGAUAUUCAUGGUCAAUACACGGAUUUGUUGCGACUCUUCGAGUACGGUGGCUUCCCACCCGAGGCUAACUACCUGUUCCUCGGUGAUUACGUUGAUCGUGGAAAGCAGUCGCUCGAGACCAUAUGUCUCUUGCUAGCCUAUAAAAUCAAAUAUCCAGAGAAUUUCUUCCUGCUGCGCGGGAAUCAUGAAUGUGCUAGCAUAAACAGGAUAUAUGGAUUUUAUGAUGAAUGCAAAAGGAGAUAUAACAUAAAGCUUUGGAAGACUUUUACCGAUUGCUUCAAUUGUCUACCAAUAGCUGCGAUUAUCGACGAGAAGAUUUUUUGUUGUCAUGGUGGCCUCAGCCCGGAUCUUCAGAGUAUGGAGCAAAUCAAAAGGAUCAUGAGACCCACCGACGUUCCUGAUACCGGUCUUCUUUGCGAUCUACUUUGGUCUGAUCCUGACAAAGAUGUUCAGGGUUGGGGUGAAAACGACAGAGGUGUGUCGUUCACCUUCGGUCCAGACGUCGUGUCCAAGUUUUUAAAUCGACACGACAUGGAUUUAAUAUGCAGAGCUCAUCAAGUCGUCGAAGAUGGUUACGAGUUCUUUGCUAAGAGACAAUUAGUCACUCUCUUUUCUGCUCCCAAUUAUUGUGGAGAGUUCGACAAUGCUGGUGGCAUGAUGAGCGUCGACGAAACCUUGAUGUGCAGUUUCCAGAUCUUGAAACCUUCAGAGAAGAAAGCAAAGUAUCAAUACGGUGGUAUGAAUACCGGUCAAGCAGGCAGACCAUCUACACCACAAAGAAAUCCUGCGAAAAAGAAAUGACAGCCUUCUGAUCCGAACGAACAAUUAGUAUUCUCUUUAUUGACAGUGCUGAAAGGUAAGGUUUGUCUAUUUACGAAAAAAGGUCGUACAGAUCCGACGGGACGAUAAUUUUUAUCGCAGAAACUUGUAAGGACUUAUUUUCACGUUUUUCAGCAUGAAGACGUCGAGCUCGAUCUAAUCUAUCCUAAUCCGUUAAUAUAAAAGAUAAAGUGUGCGUAAGAUUACUCUUACUUUUUAUGUUGAUUGCAUCUUAACGAGAUAAGCGGUGUAACUAUUCACAAACGAUACGAUAAUUUCUUUUUUCUCCCUUUUUUUUUCAUCGAACUAGGCGAGACUCGACGCCUACGUUCUUUGAAAAUAACUUGCAUUUUUCCAUAUUGAAGAUAGUCCAAGAUACAAUGACGCAGAGAAAUAUUAGAGACAGAUCAACUUUAUUGCAAUAACUUUGUUGUUUGUUUUCAAUUAAUUUAUUGGAGAACUUCUCCUACGUUAUUUUCCAAUUAUAUUACAUUAUAAAAUGAUAUAUUAAGUAUUUUUUUAAAUAUAUAUACAUAUAUUUAUUUUUUAUUUUCUUUAUAUAUAUAUAUAUAAAUAUAUAUAUAUAUAUUUAAAGUUAUUGCAAAUAAAUUGUGUUAACAACCUCUGUGUAAUUUUGCAAUCGCUGUAGUAAUUUUUGUCGAGUAUUAAUGGUCCGGAACAUUCGUUUAAGUAUUUAUUGCUUCCAUGCUUGUAUAAGUUCGAGAGGCAUCGAGAUUGAUUAAUGUCCGCGUUAUUUAGAGAUUUUUCGAUUAAUUAAUUGCUACCACUAAUAUUAUUUAUUGUUAUCAUUGUUCGUCGUCCAACGUUAUCAUCAUCGUCGUCAUUGUCAUCAUCAUCAUCAUCAUCAUCAUCAUCGUCAUCGCCAUCGUCAUCGUCAUCAACAUUAUUAUUACCAUCAUUUCGAUCACAAUCAUCCCAUUAUCAUUAUAAUUGUUAUUCUCAUUAUAAGCAUUGCAGUUGAUUACAUAACAUAGAAUGCUGCAAAUGUACAUAGUUAGAGUUUUUAGUAGCAAUCAUGUUCUUUAUUUUUUAUUUCUCUUUAUUUUUCGUCCAAUUUUUCUCUCGUUUCUUUUUAAAUAUCAUAAUGAUUGAUUUUAAUUUUAACAGUCUCUACGAUAAUAUUGAUUAUAUACAUAUUGAGAGGCAUGUUCAAAAAUAUAUAUACAUAUACAUAUUAUAUAUAUAUUAUUUAUAUUUUUUAAUCGAAUGAAUUGGAAGUAUAUAAAGAAUUGGAAGUAUAUAAAGAAAAAGAGAUGAGAGAAAUAGAAGCAUUUCUGAUGAAGAAGAAAAGAAACCAUACUAAUAAUCAUGAUUGGUGAUUUUCAUUGCAAAAAUAUGUAUGUGAAAAAAUGGGGGUUUAAAAUGGAGGAUAAAGUUUGAAUAAGGAGAGUUAACAAGCUUUUUCCAAAUAAAAUAAUACAAAUUAAAUGGAUAAAUAAAUAAAUAAAUAAAUAUAAGAAAUAUAGAUGAGGGCCUCGAUAUUAAUUCUCAUAUAAAAUUGGCAAUUUUUAUAUAAAAAAUAAUAGAACAUUCGUCUUUUAAUUUUGUUUUCGGUUAAACAAAAAGAAGUUAAAAAUCUUUGAACGGGUAUACUUAUUUUUUCCAGAAAAAAAAAAUAACAUAAAAAGAUUAUAUAAUGAUGUCAGAUGCAACAAUAUUGUUGCGUAACAUUCAAUUCCUUCGCAUUUCUAAGUUGCCAUGUUAUAUAAAUAAAACGAUCGAUAACGAAGCUAUGCUCGUUACUAUGUGACGUAACUACUUUCUUCACGUGAUUCCUUCCAUUAUUCUUAUUAUUCUUAUUAUUAUUGCUAUUAUUAUUACUAUUAUUAUUAUUAUUUAAUUAAUUAAUAAAUAUAAUUAAUUAAUUAAUUAUUAUAAAUCAAUAUAAUGAAUUAUUAUAUUAUUAGAAUGCCACACUAUUCUACCGCUACUAUUAUUUGUAUUAUUAAUAUUAUUAUUAAACAUUAUUAUUAAAUUAUAGAGAAACAAAUAGCAUUUUUUAAGUUGCAUUUCUAAUCUUGGUAUAACACGUAUACCACCGCCUAUAUUAUUUUUCUUUUUUUAUUAUAGCGCUUAUUACGAAGUAAAUAUAAAUAUAUUGACAUUUUGAGUUAGUUACUUGAUCUAUGAAGCGUGGUCAGCCGAGAGUGAGAAGAAGAAGAAGAAGGAAGCGAAUAAAAUGGGAAUACUUGAAAAGAAGCAUAGUACACAUAAUGCACGCACGCGCAUGCACUUUCAUAGUUAUCGGCUCAUAUAUAAAACUUGUCAGAGAUUUUCUUCUAUCGCUUAUAUGUUCUUUUUUCUUCCUCUGAUAUUCAUCGGUCACUCGUGGAGAUCAAGUAACCAUGAGUAUGACAACGUAAUGACACGACGACUAUGACGACAAUGUUUUAAAAAGCUUUUUCCAAAAUAAUACCAUUUGUUGUGGUCGUUGUUGUUGUUGUUGGAUGGUUGAAAAAAGUUUGAUGAACGAAACAAGACCCCGUGGUCUACCCCCUUCUUUCUCUUUUUUGACGAAUGAUUAAUAUUGGAGUGGUUGUGAUUCCCCUUGAUAUGCAUUUUUUGUCCCAGAUUCAUAUAUCAUUAUCUAUAUAUAUAUAUAUAUGUGUGUGUGUAUGUCUGUAUACAUAUAUAUAUAUAAAUAAAUAUAUGAAAAUAUAUAUAUAUAUAUUAUAUUUGUAAAUGGGCAAGCCAAUCGCGAUUCGUCGAUGGAAUCAUUUUGUGUAGGAAAAUGAUAAGAAAUAUCGGAAAGAGGAUAUUUGUAAAAAACGCGAUUAAUGAAUAAACAAAUUAUAAAAGGAGACAGAAAGAUAGCCAUCGAUCGAAUCUCGAUAGAGAUAUAGCCCUAUGAGUAAUAUAAAACAUCCUAAAGAUGUACAACUUUCAAAUAAUAAACGUGCAUAUUGUUGUACACAUCUUCUUUCUGCAAACGAUUCAUUCACCUAAUUUUACAAAGGGACUUUCGUUCAGACAAAAUACAUGUUGAAUUCUUUUUGUUCGAAUUUUUCCAAUAAGCUUCUGGCAGUGUUUAUUAUUAUUUUAUUCUCGGACAGCACGAACGUGGAAUACAAUAUAUGUAUUUAAAUCGCGUUUCGAGAGAAUAUUAAUAAUUAAAUAAAAUUCCCAUGAUCUCAAGUUUUAAUCUUAUUUUUGUUUGUUUUGUUUUCUUUUCACUGGCUAGGUAUACAGAAUCUUGUGUUAUUUUAUUAUUUUUGUUUUUUUGUUUUUUUUUUCUAGGAUACCAGAGACGUAAGCGUACUUCCUUUUUCCUUGUUGAUAUCGUUGUUAUUUUCGUUUCGUUUUGUUUUUUUUGUGUUUUUUUCCUUCAAUUUUCAUACUCUUUUCACUUCCACUUUGCGUACGUCACUUCCUUCUUCGAUCGUCGAGAGAUUCGAUUCACGCGUUCCAUGCGGGGGCGACAUAUAUGUUGUACGUAGAGAGUUUAUCAGUAGACGUGAGCUAAAAGAAAAGAGUAUGCGUAUAUAAUAGAUAUUAUUAGAAAGGGAAAUGAUUGAAAGUAAAAGAAAAUAUACAUAUAUAAAAAAAAACAAUAAAUAUGCAGAAACAAAAGACACAAAAGGGUGAGAGAACGUUGAGAUCGCGAUACGUAGAAAUUCGCGAUGAUUGGUGAAGGUCGUGUGUUGGCCCUUCGCCCUUUUCUUAUUUUUCUUUUAUAUUGCAUUUCUUUUCUUUAGAAAUCACACUUGCAUUUAGUUUUUAGAGAUAGAAUGUCGAGAAGGGAAUAUUAUCCUAAUUCUUGUUUUAAUCCUUAAAAAUGUUCACGUAUUUAUAUUGUACUGAAACGUCACUCUUAUGACAAAAUGAACAUAAUUAUUUUUAAAGAUAACUUUUAAGGAUUAAAAGGAAGAACUCGGAUUAUAUUAAUUUCCUGUAGGUAAUUUAAAACUAUGUUUAGUCCGAAUGAAAUGAAAGAAAAUUAGUUGGAUAUAAUCGAACGAAAAUUUGUGUGUGAAAAAAUAUACGAGGAAAAUGAAACAAAAACGUGACUUUUUAAUGUUUCUGUUAGAAAUGAUAACGAUGGAAAGAAACAAUCGGACUUUUACGAACACUUUCAUAUUCUUGAUAUUAUGCCACGAAGGUAAAUAUAAUGAUCGAAUGAAUAUACUCUGUUAACAUAUUAAUCGAUAUAUCUCGAUUAUUGAUCGGUAUGAGUGAUCGUGUAAUCUGAUGAUUAUCAUAUGCAGUUUAGUUAUAUCUAUUCGAUGUUAGCAAGUUUAGAUUUGUAUAACUAUUAUUUUAUCGUCAUCAUCGUCAUUGUAAUUAAUGAUUUCCUGUUGCUUUUUUAUUAUUUUUUUUUUGAAAGUAAUAAUUUCAGUUUAAUUAAAACACGCACGGACAAAACUUGGGAGUGAAAUGGUAAUAGAUUAAAACACUUUGUGGUCAUUUUCGUUUGAUCGCUCACAUUUGUUUUGUUUUGUUUUUCUUUUCUUUUUUCUUAUUUGUUCUUAAUGUUUAUUGUACCACGGGCUGGUAAAGUGAUAUACUGGAACUGGCUGCGAAUAAUAGUAGUAUAAUGCUCCUGAAACGACAGAUAUAUUGUUUGGUUGUAGAAUAUAAAUCCUUCUAAUGUGAUUACACGUCAAUCUAAUUUCUUUCAAUACCUUGCCGCACGAAGCGGAGGUAUAUAUACUUACGAAAAAAAAAAAAAAUUACGAUAAAAAUCACUAUUUCUUCUUAGGAUGAUCAUGUUCGAUGUGUGUCAAAAAUGAUGUCAACAUCGAUGAUGCGAUUCGCCGAAUACAAAAUUCAACACUUAUAAUUAUUACCAAAAAUGAAUAAAGAAAAGAGUCUUCUUUUAAAACGCAGGUGUAUUAGAGAAAGAAGAUAGAAAAAGAUAGAAAAAGAAUGAAUGAAAGAAAGAAAGAAAAAAUGAAAAAAUGUGUAAAAUUGACGAUGAAGAUAUAUAAAGUAUAAACGUACCGAGUGGUCUGAUAGGAUGUCGGCUCCAUAAGAAGCUACGUUUAAUUGGACUAAGGUAGCUGUCCCUCAGGUAAAACGGAGUACUGUACUGAGCAUAGCUUGGAAUAUAAGGAGCAAAGCUAGGAUACCACCAAGGAUCUCUCGUGAAGGCACUGAUCGGAGCUGUUGGAGAUGGUUCGAGCAAAUCGAAAAGAGGUUUCCUGCGAAGCAAUGAUGAGUAGCUCGGGAAGAUAUCGUCGGUUAGCAAGUUACCUGAAAACAAAAAAAAAAAACAAAGAUACAUAGAUGUAGUAAAUAGCCUGUGCAUUGACUUAAUCUGAUCGUCAUGAGAAAUUAUGUUAUAAAUUACCAUGAAUAUCGAAGAGUCUCUUCGUGCUGAGAGGUGGACUUAUGUGUCGAGCAAGCAACGGCGACCUGCUCGGAUAAAGUCUGUCGAUGUCAGCCAAACGAUUCAGAUGAUCGGUCCAAGCCUUGUCGGCGUCAAAUGGUUUCGCUGUAUAUUGAGAUUUUUAUAUUUGUGUAUGUGAAUAUCAAAUGCAAUAGUUAUUUCGUGUUAACAGCUGAACAAUCUUGAUUCAUAUUCUUCAGGGACAAGUUUAUUCAGGUGUUAAAACACGAUCGAUCGAUUUGCCUGACGACGAACAAUUCGAAAUUUUUCUAUAAAAUUAUUUGAGUUGUGAAUUAUGUUCUUUUUCGUUUUUCUUUUUUCUUUCUUUUAACCUUCGAAUUGCUUGUCUUUAUUUGAUCUAUUAAGUAGGUCUAUUGCGAUGAAAAGGAGUACAUGUCGGAUGUAUGUACAUUGUUGAAUUGUUUUGAACUCCUUUCGAUUAUACGCAAAAAUAUCUAAUUCGUCAAUCUUUCAUUUUCUGAAUUAGAUAUUUUUCCUGAUAUAUUAAUAGACCUACAUUGAAAACUAUAUAAUUCGAAUUAACAUUCCUAGUAAGAAAACACCAAUUCUCACAUAGCAACACUAAAAACUACUGACGCCAAAAUUGUAGAAAAGAAUUUUUAUGCUUCUUUCGUUUGAACGAUGAAGAAAAGUCAUUAGCGUCAAGACUUUGUUUUAUUAAAUAUUAACAUUUAUAUUCGAUGCUCUAUUUUAUCUUACGCAUUAUCAUAUUAGAUCUAUCGAAAAGUUGUGUCCCAUUUUCAGAGAGAGAGAAUGUGUAACUAUUACUUUCAAGCUUUAUUAUUAUUUCUUUAUCUUUCAUUACAUUUUUUUAUUCAAAAUUAUCCUUAAAUAAGUAAAAAACGGGGACAGAAUUUUCCAAUAAAUUUAAUACGUUUAACGCUAUCGAAUAAGCGUUUCGGCGCUACCUUUUCACUCCAACGAUAUAUUUCGUAUAUCUUUUUUUAUUAUUUCUUUUUUUUUAUACAUAUACCGAUCUUUUGAAAAUACAUUUUUUUUUAUAUUUUUUUAUUAUGUAUUUAACUAAUUCCAAAAUCGUUUCUCUCACGAUCGGUAAAAAGUUACGAACGAUGAAGCAUCGUAGGCUUUUGCGUGCAAUUUAACAUGCCGAUGCGCUUAAUCAAGUUAGUUUUACAAAGCCGUGAUUCUAACAAUUUGCAAAAAGGUGUUCUACGAUAGCUAAAAGAAAAAUCAUGCAGCAACAAAUUCUUUGGCAUCUCGCGACCCAACUUGAAAUUUAUUUAUCAGAAAUUUAUCAAUAAGUAAUGUCAAUAUUUUCUAGUUGUGUAUUCUGAUUUUUAUUUUAUUUCCAAUUCGAAUAGAAAUAUUCGAAUUUAGUAAUCCAAUAGAAGUUUUUUUAUUAAUAGAUGAUAAAUAUUAGAAAUUCUCAGUAGAAAGAAAAUACUGAGAAAUGAUAGAAAAAUUUGCAACGUUAUUUCUAUAAGUCUCAUCGGAUUAAUAUCGAAAUUUCUAAUGAAAAAGAAAUCUUAGAAAAUUUCGAUAUGUAUUAUUUAUUAUUUAAUCGAAUAACAUAUAAGAGUGUGGGAUUAAUAGUGUGUCGUAUAAACGUGCUUAGUUAUAUUUUGACGUAGCGUUAGAAAAAAUCUUAUAAGCCGUGCCUAUAAUCUAGCUUUUUAUAAUUCUGAUCAAUGAUUUGAUCAGAGUAAAAAGUGUGAGCGUUUCUCGCUAAAAAUACGUCACGUAAGGUGAAAAAAGCAUACUAACCUGGUGGAAAAAAGCUGCUUCAAAAAAACGUCGUCCUCUGAUUGAGAGGUGACGAGAAAAAAGCGGCGAUGGUCACGUAUCCAAAAAAAAGUAACGUUUUUCAAAAAUCAUUCGCUACGUUGCGUUCGUGAAAAAAAAGAUUAUCGAAUUUAAAUCUCAAAUUUUGGUUGAGUGAGUUGCGUCGAACGGAAUGUUUACAUAUUUUUUUUUUAUUAACAAAAAAUAAUUGCAUCAUUCUUUUUUAUUCUAUGUGUAUGUGUCUAAAUAUGUGUCUAAGCGUUAUUAUAAUAAAAUCAGGAAUAAGUAAUCUGUAUCUAUUUCGUUAAGCUUUUUUUUUUUUAUUUUAUAGCAUGUUACUAUAAAAUAAUCGAGUGUAGUUAGACAUGAGCAAUCUUUUUUACGUUUUCAUAGAAUCUAAAUCUCAGUUUUGUAGUAAUUUAUAAAUGAUAAUUAUAAUAUCAUUGCCCAUGACUGCUUAGAAUGUUUGAAAAUGAAUUGUAAUUCGUGUAGUUGUUAAUGUGAGGUGUUUAAGUGUAUGAAAAUGUUUUUUUAUCGAUCUUAUAUCGAUCUUAUCGAUUAUGAUCGUCGCUGAUAGCGGCAGUUAAUUAUUUUGCAACAAUUUUUUUUAUGAGGAGAUAUAACAAAAAUAAAAAAUAGGAGAUUAUACUAGGUAUUUUUGGAUUAUAUAUAAAUGGGUCAUCGAGAGAAUAGGUAAAACGGAAAGAAAGUACAUGCCGUUUCCUGAAAAAGACAGAAAUUUCUGCUUCCAGUUGAUCAAUGAAUUAAUUAAGUUCGUUAAUUUGCCGUUUGUUAGUAAACAUAACUGUUUUAUACGCGUGCAUGUAUUAUUAUUAUCGUUACCGAUUAGAGCAAAGUAUUAAAUGAGAAUAUGCAAUUGACUUCUCCGUUUUUCUUUUUUUCUAAGCGCGUUUUGAAUUCUCUCUCGUCGUACAAUUCAAUUAAAAAAUUAAUAACAAUAGGAUACAGAUAUAAUAAUAACAUAAAAGAAAAAAUUAUUAACCCUCUAUAAUAGUACUAUUUCUUUUCAAAAUUCAUUAUUGAUUUAUAUAAAAAAAAUUAAUAUAAAUUAUAUACAGUACAUAUGCGAAACGGUAAGGCAGAAAAUUGAUUUUAUCGGUAAAGUAUGUACACAAUUACCGACUGCUUUCUACAGUUUUUUGUUAUCACGAUUCUCGAUAAAGUAUGAAAUUGAUUUUAUCGACAAAGUAUAUACACGCUUACCGACGUCAACUAGUCUCUCUGUAUUACCUUAUUAGUAUAAUUUAUAUUACUUUUUUAAAAUUACUUUUAUACCACAUGAAAAGUAUAUUUAAUAUAUUAUAUACAUAUAAGAGAGUUAUAUAUUUAUAAUAAUUAGUUUUUAAAAUAUAAACAUAAACAGAAUUUAUAGAGGGUUAAAAAACAAAUAUAGUAAAAUUAUUAAUGAAAGAAAGAAUCGGACGAGAAGCAAACGAUUGUAAUAACAUUCUCAGCUGAAAUUUCCAGCUUUUUCAAGUAUGGCUUUUCUAUUGAUUGUUCGUUUAUUAAAUUAAAUAAAUAUCUCCGCAGAUCGUGUAAAUCUCUUCUUUUUUUUUUUUUGUUCGAUUCGCGACUAUCGCAUUCCCUUCGCUCGAAAAAUUAUUCGUUUCCGAGCUUCGAUUUGAUUUUGGUUUCUUUUUUUUUUUUAUUUCCAUGCGUCCAUCGUCCAUCUGUUUUUCUUCAUUUCUAUUUUCUUUUCUUUUUUUCUUUUUAUUUGUAUCUUCCUCUCGUACUAAUCGUUUAUACAUCCUAGAGAGAUUACGACGCACGUCAUAAGACAUUUAAGCGAAGACUUCCACCUCGGCU